AACACACAAUUAACAUCAUUAUUUCAUUUCUUUAGCCUAUACCACUUAUUUCUUCAAUCUUUCUUCAAAAACGCCUCAAUCAUGGCCGGAGGAAGAUCAAAGUCUAAGGCAUCCAAGAAGAAAAGCAUCGCCGAACCCUCAAGCUCCGCGCCUUCUCCGUUCCCAUAUUUGGACGGAUCAUUUCUUGAGUUCGGGUCGGAGGAAGAACUAACACGCUUCCUCACUCACUUUGCCAAGCGCCCGAUCUCUCCACCUCGCGUGCUCCCGGAGUUGUUUCCCCAAGACAAAGGGUACCACGACCUCGAAAACCAACGCCAAGCGUCAGGGCUGCGCAUCCGCGGUGACGACAUCGCAACAUAUGGCGGCGAUGAUUGGAUCCUCAACAACGAGGCGGUGGUCAUCCGAGAGCUUCUGAUCACCAACCUCAUCCGCCACAGCGGCGCACCGACGAUUCACUCGGCCCCACCGGACAAGCGCCUCCUCCUCUACAUCAUCACCCGGAUUCUCCGCCCCCGGGACAGCAGCCAUACCUCGCUCUUCAACGAGGACUUGAAGGCGAUUCAUGCCAUCUUCCACGGCGCCUCCAUCAAUUGGGCGAAAUUCGUGAUGAUCCACAUGGCGGAUUGCGCCUCCAUCGCCACUGAGCGGAGCUUGCCAUACGCCUUCCUCGUCAUGGACCUCAUCAUCUCCGCCGACAUCUCCAUCGCCGGCCCGGAUACGAAGAUGACAAAGAUUUGGAUAAUUCAAGACAGCACCUUCCGGAAGAAGUCGGGAGACCGGGACGGCGCAGGCCCAAGUCGUGCACCAGCCCCCGCUCCCGCCAAUGCCUCUUUGCAAUCCAUAGCCGAUACUCUGAAUCGGCUAACCCUCAUAGUGGAUGGCAUGGGGCAGUCAAUCGAGCGGAUGGAUUGGACGCUGCAACGCCAACACCACGACAUGACGGCGUUCUUUCGCGGCAUCAACUACGUCCCGCCGCCCUUUGACAGCACCUUCCUCGGACAAAACUAUGAAGGCGAGGAUGAGGAGGAUAACUCCUAUGCUCCAUCCUCCUCCCCCGACGAGGCCGACUUUGAAGAUGCGGUCGACGGCGAUCCCAUGGACGUCGAGGACGCCGAUGCUUAGACUUUUCUUUUCUCCUCUUACUAUGAUUGUAUUUUUUUAUUUCCAUUCCGUUGUAUUCCGCAUUUCCCUUUUUUUCAUGAAUAAAAGUUUACUUUUACAGUUCUAAAGUUUACUUUUAAUUCCUUUUGUUAAUGUCAAAAGGGGGAAGAUAUUGAGGUUAUGCAUAAAUUUAGGGGGAAUUU